AUGCCAGAAAGCUCCUACUAUGCCCCAACCGAGCCGGUGUCUGCCUAUGACAACGCUUCACUGAGCAUGUCUUCCGGUCCGCACAGCUUUCCCUACGGGCAGAUACACGACGAGCUUGACGGAGGGGUGAUGAAUCAGGGUCCUCCUCCACCGACUGGCUGGGGCCCCCAAUUUCAAUCCUUCACGCCAUAUGCAGAGGACCCUCGUGUGACGAUGGGUGUUGGCGAGAGAAGCAGUGGUGUUCCUUACCAAUAUCCACCGUCAACAAGCAAACGUCAAAAAAGCCACGCCGCCAACCCCCCUUUUCAAGGCUUGACGAUUGAUACAAUGACCAUGAACCCACACGGUGAUCGCCGACCUCACAAGUCGGCGGCGGCGGCGGCCAAGAGGAGCAAAGGAAAGAAACCAUCAGCUCCCACAACGAGUCUCUCCUCUCCCACAAGCCAGUCAACCAUAUCCAGCGGCAGCGCGGCACCGAACUCACUCCCUGAAGAGGACUGUGACUCGGAGCAGGAGCAGGCUGUUUCGACGGGCAGGCAAGGUCAUCAUAACGCCCGCACUAGGCAUAAUAUGGUUGAGCAAAAGUACCGGCAUAGGCUCAACACGCAUUUUGAUAAGCUGCUGGAGGUGUUGCCGUCGGGGGUUGGUGUGGGCGGGAUGAUGAUGGGAGAUGGGUAUCAGAAUACGUACCAGACGACAUAUUUGGGGGGGGAUGGGGGGGCGCCGAGUUUGGAGAGGGAGAGGAAGGUGAGUAAGGCUGAGGUGCUGGAUCGGGCGAGGUUGUAUAUACAGACGCUGGAGAGUGAGCAUGUGAGGUUGCAGCGGGAGAGGGAGGAGUUGAGGGGGUUGUGGGAGGGGUAUUAUGAACGGGCGGCGGGGGUGGAGAAGGGGUUGGAUGGGGGGGUUUGA